AUGACUGAUAUCAGUCUACCUCAAAAACUGGCAAAAUUCCAAAUGCAUUGCUCAUCUACGAUAUGCAUGCAUUUAAAGGGCACUCAUAUGCUGACUAUCGAUCCGGGCACUUCAGCCCCGUUGAGGGAGCAACAAAUGGUGCAGCACGUAGACAUUGGAAAUCUUCGUCGAAAGUUCAAAUUCGAGACGGUUCGCAGCGAAAAUGGGCGACGCAAGGAGGAGAGCGCAGACAGUCAGACUUGUCGUCUCGUAGAUUGA